AUGAAACACAGUUCAGGUCUGUUUUUGCUGCUUCUGUUGGGGACGUGCUCAGCACACACCUAUCAAAAUGUGGCCUUACGGGGAAGAGCAACCCAGUCAAAACAAUUCAAUCAUCAGCUGGCAGAUGCCAACAAUGCCAUUGAUGGAAACCGUGAAUCUGACUAUAAUGCUGGAUCAUGUGCCUGCUCUGAAAAACAGACCAACCCCUGGUGGAGAGUGGAUCUGUUGGAUUCCUAUAUUGUCACCUCUGUGACCAUCACUAACAGAAGAGAUUGCUGCCCAGAAAGGCUCAAUGGGGCAGAAAUUCACAUCGGCAACUCUUUACAAGAUAAUGGUGCUGGAAAUCCGGUGGUUGCUGUAAUUUCUCACAUCCCAGCAGGCAGGUCUUUAACAAUUACUUUUACCAGACUUGUGGAGGGACGUUAUGUAACUGUGGUCCUACCUGGUAUCAAUAAAUACCUUACUCUCUGUGAAGUAGAAGUCUAUGGUUAUCGUGUCCCAACUGGAGAGAACCUAGCAAUCCAAGGAAAAGCCACACAGUCUUCACUACAUUCAAUAGGCGUUGCUUAUAAUGCCAUAGAUGGCAGUCGUGCCAACAACUGGAACCAAGCUUCAUGUAGUCAUACAAAUGCCGACUUCUCCCCCUGGUGGCGACUGGACCUGGGCAAAGCCCAUAAAGUGUUUUCUAUUAAUAUUACCAAUCAAGGAGAUGGUGUUCCCCAGAGAAUCAAUGGAGCUGAAAUUCGAAUCGGAAAUUCUCUAGACAACAACGGCAACAAUAAUCCCAGGUGUACUGUGAUCUCAAGCAUCCCUGCAGGUUUCACUGAAAACUUUCAGUGUGACGGGAUGGAAGGUCGCUAUGUCAACAUUGUCAUCCCGGGAAGAAGUGAGCAUCUGAUUCUAUGUGAGGUGGAGGUGUACGGUUCCAGAUUGGAUUAG